AGAGCAUGACUGGUAUUAGUAUCUCUUCCGGUUUGGAUCAACUCGUUGUCAUUCACCUGAACGACGGCAACGAUUUUCUCUUCUCGUUAGUAAACCUUAAAGAUAAUCAAAACUCAAACAUCAAUCGUGUGGGAGAACUGGUGGCUGUUCUUCUGCAUCAAUACUACUUACUUCAAAAGCGAGAAUUAAAAGUAAAGGUCGGAGAACCCGUUUUCUGUAAACUCGGCAAAAAGGAUAAGAAAGUGGACAUUGAGUUCAACGCACCGUCAGUUAUAAGUAUUACCAUGAAUUGA